AUGGAUCCGGUAACUGUAUCCAGCAUAACGUCCACUUCAUUUCAAGCGAGUUUCACUGAAGUAUCGGAUGCAGUGAAGUAUUAUGUCACUCUAACACCACAGCAUGCAUCCGCAGUACGUGUCUUUUGCCUGGAUUCGUCGGAUUCAACUAUAUCAGGAUUAUCAAGCGAUACCGAAUACAGAGUAACUAUUAAAUCUGAAACAUCAGAUGGUACCAUUGGAACUGACAGUGAAGCCGUGCCAUUGCGCACCAAUCCAGGGGCUCCUACAAUACAAACAGGUGAAGAAUUUCCUGAUUCCGUGUUCGUGUUCUUUCAAUUAAAUAACUACGCAAGAGUGUCGGAAUGGACAAUACAGUAUAGAGAAUUUGGAUCGAGCGAUAUAAAUACAGUUAGGACAAACUCGGAUAAAUACUAUUCACACUGGUUAUCUGGACUAACAGGCGAUACAACAUAUGAAAUUAGGGCACGUGCAUCCAAACUUUCAGACGGUAUUACCCUGGCGGAAUCUGAAGUUUCUGAAUGGCAAAAUUUUACCACAGCCUCCCACUUGGUAUUUGGAAGAGUUGUUUUGAGUGAUGUCACGUAUGUAGCCGCUCAUCCAACGGUCGACAGUGCGGAAUGGAAUACUACUCUACAAAGAAUAACUAAUGAAUAUACGAGUAUUGAUAAUAAUGGAAUUAGUCUGCUUGAAAUUAAAAAUGAUGGUGGAAAUCCACUCGCUUUUUAUCAAAUCAAAGUCAAAGACAAAACUCUACCAUCAACAACAAAUUAUACAAUAAGUGGAACCGGAUUUCGCGAUUCAUUUGUGAAUAAUGGAGAUAAAGCGUUUGGCACCGUUUUUAUGAAACGAGAAGCGAAUUCUUAUAGGUUGAUUUAUGACCCCGGAGAUGAAAAUCCUUGCGAUAUCAAAAAUGCGCUCGUUGAAAAUCACUUGCUAAUGACACCAGAGCAUAGUUCAAAGUUAGAUAUAAACUUAGGAACUUCGAGCUUCUCCGAAGGAAAUACUUUCAUCGAAGCUUCUUUGGUAAUUGCAGCCAACGGAGAUCUCUUGAAUAGUUUGGGCAAUGUCAUCGGUUCAGUGCCAAUGAACACGAUUUUUGGAAUUGCACCAAAAGUUAUUGUAAAAGAUUGCUUGAAAAAUCAGAGCGUACCGUUGUAUACACAGUAUCUUGAUGCAGUGGACACGGGCUUGGAUAGAACCCCAGUGAACCCAUUUUUCUAUACUACAACUACAAACUUGACUUCACUGAGAUCAGAUGAAGUAACAUACACAUCCUCAACUGAUGGAACAUCAAUUGCCAUAUUUGUGCCAGCUUUAAGUAAGGCUGUAAAAUAUGAAAUUGUUGUAAAUGCCGACGGCGUAGCAGAGGCAAUUUACGAAGAAUCUGCUUUAGAUGCAACGACAAUUUGGAAGAUCGAUGUUAAAGGACUCACAGAUGGAAAUACAUAUUUAUGGUUGCAUCGAGUGACGUUUAGGCAACAAAACGACACAGAUGUAGUUCAAGUAGGAGAUCUGUACAAUUACGUUGCAAACAAAAAUCAGUGCUCGACUUGCUCAGGUAACGCGUCAUGCACAAGUAGGGCAACCACAAGCGAUCCGCCAAUCUGUGUCUGCAAUGAAGGUUACACCGGAGAUGGAACGUUUUGUGAGGUCGUCAAAUAUUGCGAUUCAAAUCCAUGUAGUACGAACGCGACAUGCGAAGAAUCAACAUCGAUUUGUGACAGUGAUGAGCCAUAUAAUUGCACGUGCCACACGGGGUAUUCUGGAAAUGGAACAACUUGUACUGAUGACAAUGAAUGUGAAGGAACAAAUGACUGUCACAGCAACGCGACUUGUACCAACACUGAUGGUAGUUAUAGGUGUACUUGCAAUCAGGGGUACACAGGAAAUGGUACGACAUGCACAGAUAUUGAUGAAUGUUCAUCGGGCUCACAUGAUUGCCACAAUAAUGCGAGUUGUUCUAACACUAACGGCAGUCAUACGUGUACUUGCAAUCAGGGGUACACAGGAAAUGGUACGACAUGCACAGAUAUUGAUGAAUGUUCAUCGGGCUCACAUGGUUGUCACAAUAAUGCGAGUUGUUCUAACACUUACGGCAGUCAUACGUGUACUUGCAAUCAGGGGUACACAGGAAAUGGUACGACAUGCACAGAUAUUGAUGAAUGUUCAUCGGGCUCACAUGAUUGUCACAAAAAUGCGAGUUGUUCUAACACUGACGGCAGUCAUACGUGUACUUGCAAUCAGGGGUACACAGGAAAUGGUACGACAUGCACAGAUAUUGAUGAAUGUUCAUCGGGCUCACAUGUUUGCCACAAUAAUGCGAGUUGUUCUAACACUGACGGCAGUCAUACCUGUACUUGCAAUCAGGGGUACACGGGAAAUGGUACGACAUGCACAGAUAUUGAUGAAUGUUCAUCGGGCUCACAUGAUUGCCACAAUAAUGCGAGUUGUUCUAAUACUAACGGAAGUCAUACCUAUAUUCAAAUUUUUGACACGUUGGAAAAAAUUACUUUGAUUUCCUCCUCACUUUUAUUGGAUAUGUAG